UUCAUUACUGUUAAAUUUCCACUCAGCUUUAAAAAAAAAAGGCGAUGAGAUCUGUCGUUUCAUUCCGUGGACUCCGUCGUUUAACGGAAGGAGCUAAUGUAGCUCUCCGAUCAUCGGUUACCGGCCUCCGACACUUCAGUGACGGAAAAAUCCUCGGUGAAGAAGAACGUGCUCAAGAGAACAUUUACAUUCAGAAAAUGGAAAGGGAGAGGUUGGAGAAGGCAAAGCAGAAGGCAGAGCGAGAGAAAGCUGAGAAAGAGAAGGCCGAUAAGAAGGCUGGAGAAGGGGCUAACAAGAGCUGAACUGACAUCUCAAACUCUUCCUUUCAAGUUACCUUUGACAAAUAAAUGGAUAAUAACUUUGUGUUGUUGCUCUUCAUCCUUGAAUUUUUGAGUCUGUAAAACACAUUUGGUUCGAGAAUCAAAUAUCAUCUUGUUUGAACCAGUUUGAUUCUGUUGGCACUGCAUUUUUUGUAGUUUUUAUCGCGUGGUGAAACAUAAUGUAAACUCGUUGCUUGUGAUCAAGUCAUUCGUUACGAGCCCUCGUGUCAAAGCAAUGAAAA